UAUAAGAAUAGCUUGCGGCGUUCGUUGCGGCUUACGAGUGGCGACGGUUCAUGCUAUGACAAGGGGCAACCCUCGUCUCGCCCUAUCAUGCUGCCAGGGCUCGCUCGUUGACCUCGCAACACCUCCACCUUUGUUUUGUCGCCCAGUCGCACCCCAUUGUUCUUUCCGCUCGUCCACCCGUGUAGACGACCGUUUCUGUUGUUGCUCGCUGAACCAUACGAGUGCCACCGGGGAAUCGCAAUUCGACUUUAUUUCUGUUGGUCGCACCCGAAUUUUCUACAGAGCGUCAUAUAUUCUUUGACAGUGCGAUUGGAGACGACGACGGUCGCAUUCCCCGCAGCAUGUCUCUACCCCAGCGCCCAGACCCCUCGUCGCGGCGGCGAGACGACCGUCGAAGCCACCACGAGUCACCCAAAUCACCCAAAUCGCCUUCGCGCCGCCGCCGAACCUCGGACGCCGAGAAUCCCUCAUCGCGCCGUCGACGAACCUCUGAUGCCCAGGAGCCGUCAUCACGCCGCCGACGAACCUCUGACGCCGACACUUCGCAUUCGCAUUCGCACCGCCGCACACGCAGCAAGAGCGGGUCACAGACAUACGCUCACGCACUUCCCUCGCCCGGCACACCGGUGGCCAUGGAACGAGACCCCAUGAUGCGAAGCCAGCACACAACUCCAGGGCCGGAGCUGGGCAGGAAGCGCAGCCUGGUCCGACCAGAACGACAGCGAAUUCAACCGGACCAUCCCAACUAUCACUAUCGCAAACAUGCUCAGAAGAUGCAUGUGCAACCAUCGACGACGGGCAACGACCCAAUACUGGAGGAUUACCUGGAGGCGGAGACGGUCAGCUCUGCCAGCACCGACUUGAAGCACUCGCACCUGCGCAAUGCCUCUGGAGGCUACCACGACAAACAGGCUCCGCUGGAUGGAGAGUCGCCUGUUCACCGUCGGCUAGCCCGUAGUAAGACCAUGGAGAAUGCCGAGAAACAGCGGCAAAAGGAAAAGGAAAAGGACAAGAUGCGUCCGCCCAGCCUAUGGACAGUGUACUGCUCUGUUAUCACUUUCUGGUCUCCGGGCGCCAUCAUGAAAUGGUUCGGAAUGCCGCACAAGGCGCAGCAGCGUGCUUGGAGAGAGAAGAUUGGACUUAUCAGCAUCAUUCUUGCCAUCAUGACGUUUGUCGGUUACAUCACUUUCGGCUUCACCGAGACCGUCUGUCCAUCUACCGGCAACGUACGUCUCAGGACCAACGAGGUUGAUUCGGGCUUUAUGAUUUUCCACGGCAAAGCGUACGACUUGGCUCAAUCCAAGCACCCUUUGGCACGGAAUGUUCCAGCCAACGCAAACAUCCUCUAUGAUCUUCCCGAGAAAAACGGCGGCCGAGACGGUAGUUUUCUUUUCCAAAAUGUCAAUGGAGCCUGCAAGGGACUCAUCACGCAAAAGGACAACGCCGGUAUCCCCAGUAGUGGCAACGACAACCUUGCCUGGUACUUUCCUUGCCAAACCUUCAAGCAGGAUGGUUCGAGCGAGCCCAACACUACUUUCUACGAGUACAACGGAUACCAAUGCCACACGUCGGACAACGCUCGCAGCGCCUUUUACGGAUUAAGGAACACAGGAGAUGUGUACUUCACUUGGGAUGACAUCCGGAAUUCUUCCCGCAAUCUGAUGGUGUGGGGUGGAGACGUUCUGGACUUGAACCUCCUGACUUUCUUCAACCGGACCCAGAUCAAUGUCCCCAACAUUUUCGACGAGAUUCGACAGAACCCCGCCGUACGCGGAAUAGAUGUAACCCGCACCUACUCUUCAAACUAUGAAAAGCAGGUCGCCCGCUGCUUCACUGAGAUUAUCAAAGUUGGAUCGAUCGAUACCGAGAGCAUAGGCUGCAUUGCUUCCAAGGUCGUACUAUAUACAUCGUUGAUCUUCAUCCUGUCUGUGGUCGUGGCGAAGUUCGUCCUUGCUCUGGCUUUCCAAUGGUUUCUGAGCCGGGGGUAUGGUGCUACCAAGACCCCUUCGGGCAAAGUAGACUCGAAGCAACGGAAACAAGACAUUGAGGACUGGAGCGACGAUAUCUACCGCGCACCGCCCAAGCUAAUGGACACAGCUGCAGGGCCAGAUCGUUCAAGCAGGCGUGGCAGCACAUUCCUACCCUCGACAUCUCGAUUCACCAGCCCCUAUGCCAUGGAAAAGUCAACAAAGACUCGUGCUCCGCCAACGACUAUGACCAGUCAGAGUAACAGUAACAGUAACUCAUCCCGGCCCAACAACGGCAUGUACAGCAAACUGAACGCAAGUCACGGAACUCUCCCGGCAUUUGACGCAGCGCAAGAAUCUCGAUCGAGCUUGCUUCUCUCUAGUAAUACCGAAAAGAAUCGCUAUUCCAGCGUUGGUGGCGAGACGGAAGGACCGGGACCGGCUGGGUUUGUCCACGAUGCAGUUGUUCCUCAGCCACCUCCCGAUUGGCAGCCAUUUGGAUACCCUUUGGCACACUCAAUCUGCUUGGUUACUGCCUACUCCGAGGGUGCAGAAGGGCUGCGAACCACGUUGGACUCGAUUGCCACGACGGAAUAUCCAAACAGCCACAAGUUGAUCCUGGUCAUCUGCGACGGCAUGAUCAAGGGUGAAGGCGAAGAUCUGACGACGCCUGAAAUCUGUCUCGGCAUGAUGAAAGAUCAUGCAGUCCAGCCUCACGAAGUACAAGCUUAUUCGUAUGUUGCAGUUGCCAGCGGCUCCAAGCGACACAACAUGGCCAAAAUCUACUCGGGAUACUAUCAUUACGGCGAGGACAGCCGGAUUGCCGUACAGAAGCAGCAGCGCGUGCCCAUGAUGGUUGUCGUCAAGUGCGGAACUCCGGAUGAACACCGCAAGUCCAAGGCGGGCAAUCGUGGCAAGCGAGACAGUCAGAUUAUCCUCAUGUCGUUCUUGCAGAAGGUCAUGUUUGACGAACGUAUGACGGAGCUUGAGUUUGAGAUGUUCAACGGCAUCUGGAAGAUUACUGGCAUCUCGCCCGACUUUUACGAGAUUGUGCUCAUGGUGGACGCUGACACGAAGGUUUUCCCUGACAGCAUAACUCACAUGAUCUCAGCCAUGGUGAAGGAUCCAGAGAUCAUGGGUCUCUGCGGCGAGACAAAGAUUGCCAAUAAGCGGGAUUCGUGGGUUUCGAUGAUCCAAGUGUUUGAGUACUUCAUCUCACACCACCUGGCAAAGUCGUUCGAGUCGGUCUUUGGCGGUGUUACAUGUCUUCCUGGAUGCUUCUGCAUGUAUCGUAUCAAGGCGCCCAAAGGCGGACAGAACUACUGGGUACCGAUCCUGGCCAAUCCAGACGUUGUCGAGCACUACUCGGAGAACGUGGUCGACACGUUGCACAAGAAGAACUUGCUGCUGUUAGGCGAAGAUCGGUACCUUUCAACGCUGAUGCUCAAGACAUUUCCCAAACGGAAGCAGGUUUUUGUGCCCCAGGCGGUUUGCAAAACCACGGUGCCCAACGAAUUCAAAGUUUUGCUGUCACAGCGUAGGCGAUGGAUUAAUAGUACGGUCCACAACCUGAUGGAGCUAGUGCUUGUGAACGAUCUGUGUGGCACCUUCUGCUUCAGCAUGCAAUUUGUUGUGUUUGUCGAGCUGCUCGGUACUCUGGUCCUUCCCGCCGCUAUUGCCUUCACGCUUUACCUGAUUGGCAUCUCCCUCAAGGCAGCCAUUCUGCACACGGCAGCGCCUCUUAUUCCUCUCAUUCUGCUCGCUCUCAUCCUCGGUCUUCCUGCGAUCCUCAUCGUUGUGACGGCUCACAAAUGGGUGUAUGUUGCGUGGAUGCUUGUUUACCUCUUGUCGCUCCCGAUUUGGAACUUUGUGCUCCCGGCGUACGCGUUCUGGAAGUUUGACGACUUCAGCUGGGGCGACACGAGGAAGACGGCCGGCGAGAAGACGAAGAAGGCGGGGCUGGAAUACGAGGGCGAGUUUGACAGUAGCAAGAUUACAAUGCGGAGAUGGCAUGACUUUGAAGCAGAGCGGAGACUCAAGACAAGUGGCGGGUGGUCACAGCAAACGACGUCGGCAGGGGGAUGGCCACAGCAGCAGCAACAGCAGCAGCAAGGAUACGACCCUUAUUAUGACAAUUGAUUUCGCAUUGUGGCGUGGCGUAGGAGCGGAGGCAUUUCAGUGUACAAAGCUAGCAUUUGCACGACGUUUCUUCUUAGUGCAUUAUUAGACGCCUCGCAUGGGUAAUUGUAGAAUAGAGACGUGUGUAAUGAGCAUGUCGAGGUUAUUGUAGUAAUAAUUCAGCAAGAUGACA